AUGAAUCCAUACGAGCCCGUAGAGGGAUUGUAUGUGAAUGCUAAACAAUACCAUCGUAUUCUGAAAAGGAGAGAAGCCCGCGCUCGUCUGGAAGAACGUUUACGUGGAUUGCAAACAACGAAGAAGCCAUACCUACAUGAGUCAAGACACAAGCAUGCAAUGAGACGUCCCCGUGGCCCGGGUGGACGAUUCUUGACUGCGGAAAAAGUUUCGCAGCUAAAGGCUCAAGAAGCGUUGGAAGCAGGGAAAUUGGAAAACCCUGGCAGUUCAGAAAACCAUAGUCUAAUAGACACACUGGACUCUACCCCCGCAGGUGCUCCGAGCAACGAAUAUAUAACCACGAAUGAGACUGGCGAUGACAGUCCUUCUUCUACUCUUUCCUCGCAAGUCCCCGCCAAUGCCGCUGGCGGCUCGGCAGGGUUGGAUUUAACAAGUGCUAAGGAAGAAGCUUCCCAGAAUCCUUCGAUUUUCGGCGCUUCAACUUCGAAUUCGAAUCUUCAUUCCGUUUCUGCUAGUCCAAAUGCAAAUGCAAAUGCCCAUACGCAUACUCAUUCUGGUGCCGUAAAUGCGAGUCGAAAUGGCGCUGGCUCUUCUACUAGUCUUCCCGCGCAUGCAUCAAGUGGCCCUACCGGUGUGGGGAAUUCUGUUAAUCCUCAGAUCCAUACUUCUUCUGCUACAAUCAACAAACAGCAUCAUCGACAACCCGACCCUUCGUCAAAUGCCUCUACUUUGCCUGGCAAUGAAAAUCUACAACUUCGAAAUGGUAAUCCAUCCGCCGUUCCCGAUUCUCUUUCCGUAAGAGGUCCCAGUGUAGAACUUGGUUUGUCGAACCCAAUGGUCUUACAAUUGGAUCCUUCAACUCUUCUGCAUGCACCUCCUUCCAACCAAAACUCACCUCGUGCUUCCUUCUUCCCUUCCUCAACUACUGGUGAAGGCCGACCCUCACCUUCUGUCGCUAAUCAUCACCAUUCUACCGUCAGCAAUCCUAAUUACGGAAAUCUACCCAAUACUACUCAUCCCAACGAUGUCUUUCACAAGAACGCUACGCAAACCUACCACACUACUCCUAGUUCCGAAUUGGCUGGACCUAAUGGUGAUUCAUUUGCAGAUUUAGAUGUAUACCAAACAAAUGAUCCUGUAACAAAUAGUCUUAUUCAAUCUCAUAAUCCCAUGGGUCCAAUUGGAGAUUUAGGUGACCCAAACGCCACUCAUAGCUCUGGGAUUCCAAACUUAAGCAGUCAUCAUAUGGGCCAUCUUAAUUUAACAGACAAUGACCAAGAUUCUAUAAUAAUUGAUCAGCAAACGUACGCUCCCCAUGAUUCCACUAAUGCUCAUCCCUGA